UGCCCGAGCAUCAGCAGACUGUCAGAACCGCUGAAAGCAAGUUAAUCAAGAACUUCGCCAUUUAUUUGUGCCGUUAUAGUCUAUUUUUAAGCGAUUAGUCACCAACAUGUCUGCUCCUAAGAAGGGAGACUUGUCUUCAAGUGAAAAGGAAUUGUUUGAGGUUAUUACGGCAGGAAAUGUUCAAGAGGCUUCGAGGCUGCUGGGCUGUAAAGAUGUUCGAGUCAACUGUUUGGAUGAGUAUGGGAUGACCCCCCUCAUGCACGCUGCUUACAAAGGAAAAGCAGACAUGUGCAGGUUGCUGCUGCAACACGGAGCAGAUGUGAACUGCAAUGAGCACGAGCAUGGAUACACAGCGCUGAUGUUCGCUGGCCUGUCAGGUAAGACUGACAUCACGUGGAUGAUGUUGGAUGCGGGGGCGGAAACAGACGUGGUCAACUCUGUCGGAAGGACUGCCGCACAGAUGGCCGCCUUUGUUGGGCAACACGACUGUGUCACCGUGAUCAAUAACUUCUUCUCCCGUGCCAGACUGGAUUACUACACCAGGACCCAGGGUUUGGAGAAAGAACCCAAGCUGCCGCCCAAACUGGCAGGACCCCUUCACAAGGUCAUCAUGAGCACCAACCUGAACCCUGUCAAGAUGGUGAUGCUGGUGAAGGAGAACCCCCUGCUGGCGGAGGGGGAGGCUCUGGAUAAAUGUCGCCGGGUGAUGGAGCUCAUCUGCGAGAAGUGCAUCAAGCAGCAGGACAUGAACGAGGUGCUGGCCAUGAAGAUGCACUACAUCAGCUGCGUGCUGGGAAAGUGUGCCUCCUUCCUCAAGGACCGCGAGGACAAGCUGGACGGCCUCAUCAAGAGUUUGCUGAAGGGUCGGGACAGCGAUGGCUUCCCCGUGUACCAAGAGAAGUUCAUCAGGGAGUGCAUCCGCAAGUUUCCUUACUGUGACGCCACUCUGCUGCAGCAGCUGGUGCGGAGCAUCGCUCCUGUGGAGAUUGGGAACGACCCCACAGCUCUGUCCGUGCUGACUCAGGCCAUCACAGGUCAGGUCGGCUUCAUGGACGCAGAGUUUUGUACCUCCUGUGGAGAGAAGGGCGCCGAGAAGAGGUGCUCCGUCUGCAAAAUGGUGAUCUACUGUGGCCAAGCCUGCCAAAAGUUGCACUGGUUCACCCACAAGAAGGUUUGCAAGAUUCUCCAAGAGCAGAGAGAGAAGCAGGAGGCAGAAUCAGCCAAACUGAGGAUGCAGCAGAGCAAAGAGGAGAGUAAAGCAGUGCAGGAGGCCACAGACUCCGUGCAGCAGCUCUCAGUGGAGACCGACAGUGAGGCGGCCCCCUCAGACUCUGCCGCGGAAACCUCGAACCCCACUCCCACCCCAGCUGCUGACAACUGAGAGACGUCCAACAGUCAGCGCCCACCGACUCCAGAAUACAUCCACACACCACAGACAGAGAGCAGACUGGCAGUGAGGCUGAAGCCAGACAAGGACUGGUCCAGCCAGAGAUAAGAAUCCAUAUUUAUUAUCGACGUGAGACUGUCGCAAAGGCACGGAGACACUAAAGCAUAUGAGGAAGGCUUGUGCCACAGCCGACAUCUUUAUGUCGUUUUUCUAUGUUAAUUUUUCAGUUCAUAUUGUCAUAUGUGAAUGUGAAUAUUGCUGAUGUGUUUGUGGGUAAUAUAUGAAGAGCUAAUGGUUUGCAUCAAUAAUGGAACGUAAUUCUGCCUUAAGAAACUGUAGCAACCUGUGCAGGAAAGGAGUGACUGUGUAGCCAAUCAGAGCUGUUAUUUGUGUGUGUCACAUGCUUGGUUUGUUAUUGGGGCGUUUGUUUUGUACUGAUAUUCUCAUGGCAGAUGGUGAGUGGGAAGCACGGCUGCACAAUAUUGACCAAAAAUGUAUAUUUUUAAAUACAAACAACAUAAACGUGAGUUUAUUUUUAGUGUGUCGUGAAAGAUCAUGUUAACGCUCAGGAUUUUCAAAGCUGAAACAAGAUGAAAGGAUCUUUUGUUGUACACAGCACAAGAACACCAGGACAAGAAGAACAAAAAUGGAAGUAGUUUGGUUUUUAUUCUUUCAUUUAUUGUGCAGAGACGUCAAGUCAAGCAGGUCCGGCCAGCCUUUGUUUGUCCUGAACACCUGAUGUCCUGAUCAUUUCCAACAUGUCAGAUAACUUGAGCGUGAACAAGUUAAAUAAAGACCAACUUCAUCAAAGUGCCCAUUCAUA